AGUACUCGGUGGGGUUUCGCCUUUCGUAAACAGCGGCACCAUGAACUCCAGCACUAUUUUGGAUUAUUUUCGGACACUGCCACCGGAUCCGGUGAAGUUGCCCUUGCUCAGCUCCCCGCUGCAGGUUCUGCUGAUCGUGCUGGCAUAUCUGGCCAUUGUCCUUAAGCUGGGCCGGGACUUCAUGGCCAACAGGAAGCCGUACAAUGUGCGGAGAGCGAUGCUGGUGUACAACCUCUGCCAGAUCCUGAUGAACGCUGGGCUGUUCGGCACUGGCGUCUACUACAUAAUCGUCCGAAGAAUCUACGAUAUGCGAUGCAUGAACAUGCUGCCACUGGAUCAUCCAGAAAAGAGCAAGGAGCACCUGGUCGUCUACGCGUAUUUCCUAAACAAGCUACUCGACAUGGCCGACACCGUGUUCUUUUUGCUGCGCAAGAGCUACAAGCAGAUCACCGUGCUCCAUGUCUACCACCACGCCCUGAUGGUCCAGGGUCCGCCCCUUGUCAGCUACUUCUUCGGGAUGGGGGGCCAGUACACCAUGAUGGGCUUCCUCAAUUCCUUCGUCCAUGUCGUCAUGUACACCUACUACUUUGUGGCGGCCCUGUAUCCGGAGAUCAAGGGCAAGUUGUGGUGGAAGCAGUACAUCACCAAGCUGCAGCUGGUGCAGUUCGUCCUCCUGUUCCUGCAGGCUAUGCUGGUGCUGUGCCUGAAUCCGGCAUGCACCUUCCCACGCGGCCUGCAGUACUUGCAGCUGGCGGUCUCCACCUCAAUGAUGGUCAUGUUCGGCAACUUCUACUACCACACCUACAUCAAAGCCAAGACCAAACAGCAAUAAUCACCAAUAAAGUUCACUACACUA